AUGAAAACAAACAACAGCAAUAUGCAGCUGAAGGUGUUAGUAUCUUUAAACAGACCUUACAAGAGUAUAUUCCCAUAAACAUCAGACACAACUUUCUAUCAGUCAGAAUUCAAAAUGCACCAAUGGGAAUUCCUAGAUUUACACAUGAACUAAAAAACAAAAAUACUAUGAACUCUAUGGAAAAACUUGAAACAAUGAACACAGAAGAUGAUAACAUCGUAAUGCAAAACAAAAUAACAUCAGACACAGAGAUGUCAACAAGCAACAAUGAACAAGAAAGUCAAUCAGAACAUCAAACAGAAUCAACUGAGGACAAGCCAAAUAUGGAACAUGAAAACAUAUCAGUGUACUCACUUGCAAGUUUGUACAACAAUGUAUGGGCAAACAAUACUGAUCCUAUAGAUAAAGAGAAUGAACAAGGUUUUACUGUGGUUUCCAGAAAAAAGCAUAUAAAUAAAAGCAGAAUCACAACCCCAAAAGUGGGAAGAACUACAGUCCUAAAGACAUCAGCUCUCUAUACAAAAGCCAGAGGACUGCAAUAG